AUGCUCAGCUACAACUCGCACGCUUUGGAAGCGAGGGUGAACCCUCCCGAUGGCAGUGGCAGUCAACCGAAACACUUCCAUACAUCCGGAUCCGUUGAGCUAAAACCUUACAAAUGUGACCAGUGCAGUGCUCGAUUCGUUCAAAAGGGUAGUCUCAAUUUUCACAAAAAGACACGCUGUCCGUUAAGUUCCUAUUCUGAUGGAAUGCCGAAAACGCAGGAGGAAACUUUGGAUAGGAACGAAUCCGACAAACCGCCGUUCAAAUGUGACUUAUGCAGUAGAACUUUCAAGUUAAAUCGAACACUGAUGGAUCACCAUAUUAUAAAACAUACGACGGAAAAGAAUUUUAGAUGCGCCAUUUGCGGUAAAGCGUAUCACAUGAUGAAGCAGUUGCAGAAGCACUUGAAAUGGCACAGUGCAGAACGUUCGUAUACAUGCGAUAUCUGCGGCAAUAGAUAUAAGUGGAAACCAAGUUUUGUGGCGCAUAUGAAAAUUCACACCGCAACGCAACUUUUCAAAUGUGACACCUGUGGUAAAAUUUAUAAAACACGCAAAACACUGCAGCAGCAUCAAAUUACAAAACACACGUCAGAUAAAAAAUUCGCGUGUAACGUGUGCGAUAAAACUUUCCAUAUGAAACAUUUGCUUAAGAAUCACCUGAAAAAGGACAGCUCGGAAUGCCGGCACCGGUGUCCGAUUUGUGGAAAAGAUUUUCGAUAUCGAUGUAACCUGGCGCGGCAUAUGUCUAUUCACACCGGUGAGCAAUCGUUUAACCGGAACGACCCGAAACACGCUUGUGAUAUCUGCGACCGAAAAUUUGCCACCAACUUUACUCUCGCGUGUCACCUGAAGACUCACACCGGAGAGCGACCGUUCGAGUGUGACAUAUGUCACAAAACUUUCAUCCAACGCGGAAACCUUAAAGCUCAUAAAAUCACAAAACACACGCAGGAAAAGAAUUUUAAAUGUCCGGAAUGUGGUGAAAAUUUUCCCUUGAAAGCACAAUUGACAAGGCAUCUGAAAACACAUGACGCUGGCCGCUCAUACGAGUGUCUAACAUGCGGAAAAGUCGUUACGAGUAAAUCUGCGCUCAAUAAGCAUAUGUAUCGACACACAGGUGGUCGAGCAUAUGCUUGCGACAUCUGCGGCGCAUCAUACAACUCACGUGCUGGUUUAAACUAUCACAAGAAGAUUCACAUAUCUGUUGAACCAAAACCGUACAAAUGUGACCAAUGUACUUCUCGAUUCGCUUAUAAGAAUAGCCUCAAUUCUCAUAAAAAGAAACACUUACGGCCAAGUUCCAAGUCCGAUAAACCGCUGUACAAGUGUGAGAUAUGCAGUAGAACUUUCACGGCCAAUCAAACCCUAAAGGACCACCGUAUUAUAGAACAUACGACGGAAAAGAACUUCAAAUGCGACAUUUGCGGUAAGCAUUACCACCUGGUGAAGCAGUUGGAAAGGCACCUGAAAGUGCACAGCUCAGAGCUGGCGCACAAGUGCGGUAUCUGCGGAAGGGGCUUUCCAAUCCGAUCCCGACUCACCUAUCAUUUGCGGCAUACCCACAGCUCGGAGCGUUCGCAUAAAUGCGAUAUCUGCGGCAAGGGGUUUAAGAAGAGGGAUCAUCUUGUGAGGCAUAUGCGAGUUCACACCGCGACGCAACCAUUCGAGUGUGAUCUAUGUGAAUUUAUUGAUAAAGACAUUGCGGCCUUUAUGCUGGAAGUGCCAACUACAAACGGGAAGACAAUACUCUACGUGACAUCGGCCUACUUUCCGGGGGACGUGGAUGAUGUCCCACCACCAAAUGUAACAGCUUUUAUCUCCUAUUGCAAAAGACAUAAUAAGGCCUUUAUUAUUGGGUGCGAUGCGAAUGCCCAUCUUACAAUUUGGAGCAGCUCAAAUAUCAACAAGAGAGGAAUGCUGUACAUCGAGGACGAUGUAGUUUGUCAGGAUGGCCGAACUGUAGGAGAUAUAGUAGGCAUAGCUUAG